AAGGAAAGAAGAUGGGGAGGAAAGAAGAGUCUAGGGUACCCUCUGUGGAGUACAGGGCCGAGCACUGGUCCUGAGCAUCUGUGAGGGACACACAAAUAACUGGGCAUCUGAGCAAGGCACUAAAGAUAAGUGUGGGAGCACUGAAGGCAAACUGCACCGGUUCCACAAAUCCUCCUAGAGCCCCCAUUUUCUCCAGAGGAACUUGUUCAGCUGCAUCCUAGUUGCCAGUGUGUGUGGAAAGAGUCUAAUUCUGUGUCAUUGGAGGAGAAGCUGAGUUGCAAUUAAAUGGCGAUUCCCGUAGUUCUGUCCUGGGGAUGGGGAAGUGAGUGGUUAAGGAGUGCUGAGGCCAUUCCAAUCAGAGAAUCAUAUGAUGCUUGACCAGAAAGGGGAUUAAGUGGUAAGUUCAGUCCUUUAUUUUUAACGGUCCUAGAAAAAAAGUGAUUUGUCCACAUAAAUUCCAGUAGCAUGGGAGGAGAGAAAAAGAAAAAAAGGAGACCAUUUCUCUAAAUUUUAGUUUCCAAGAGGUCCAGUAUUCAAACCCAUAUUCUGGACAGAUAUCAGAAGAAGCUGAGAGCGAUUACCUUGAAAGUGAAUCUCCAACCCCAGUAGUGCUGGGGAAACAUAAGAAAGACGCUUUAUUAUAGAGCAUCUAUUUUGAUGAUGGAGUGAUAUAAUGGAGAAACAUUUCCUAGGGAAACCCUUUUCUAUCUCAGGUUUCUUUCCCCUGAAGCUUGAAGCUCAAAGUUCAUGCUUCAUCAAAGCAGUUCCAAAUCCCGAAGGUGAACUCGCUCUCACCUGGAGCCUGUUGUGUUUCUCUUCCCUUUGGCUGGGAGCAGUCACCUGGGAAUCUUUCCAGCAGGUGGCUUCCAAAGUCCAACCUGUUAGGUUGAAAUCUGACACUGACAGCGACUCCCCGGAGCUGCUGAGGGAAGCCAGACGGGGAACCAGGAAAUGCACAAGCCUCUUUCUGUUCAAAAACAGCUGGGCUCCCAGGGAGACAGAGCAGCAUGGGAAACCGGCUCUGCUGCGGGGGAAGCUGGAGCUGCCCAUCAACUUUCCAGAGGAAAAAGAAAAUGGGGAGCCAAGCAAGAUGGACAUUGAAGCAGCAGCAGCAGCAGGAGCAGCAGCAGCAGCAGCAGCAGCAGCAGCAGCAGCAGCUGAGACAGAAUGGCUUAAAGGGCCACGACAUAAGGAGACGUACACAUGAGCAGGUGUUAAAGCAGCCUGCGCCUCAGCGGAGGAGUCAAGGCCUCAGGUUGGAGGAAAGCAGCUUACAUUACGCAGACAUUCAAGUAUGCAGCAGAACCCAGCCACGCUCGGCCCAGGAGAUGAAGCACCUGCAGUUGGAAAAUGCUACAGAGUAUGCGAUCCUUCACUUCCCACAGGCCAAACCCCGCUAUGACAGCAAGAAUGGGACCCUAGUGUGAGCCCUGGAAAGGAAGGACUUGUUUGCAUCAUUUCAUCACUAUGGCUCUGGGGAGAAUCUAUUGCUUUGUGGAAUCACAUGGCAGCCCAGGGAUGGCGGGCACAUUUUAAGUUUAAAGAACUCAAUGGAGUUUCCAUUGUGGCUCAGCAGUAAUGAACCCAACCAGUAUCUAUGAGGUUGUGGGUUUGAUCCCUGGCCCUGCUCAGUGGGUUAAGGAUCUGGCGUUGCCGUAGGCUGUGGUGUGGGUUGCAGACAUGGUUCGGAUUCCGUGUUGCUGUGGCUCUGGUGUAGGUUGACAGCUGCAGCUCCGAUUAGACCCCUAGCCUGGAAACUUCCCUAUGCAGUGGGUGCGGCCCUAAAAAGAAAAAGAAAAAGAAAGAGAAAGCCCUCAAGAGCCUCUGGAAUUGUGAGUGGCCCCAGUCUCAUUCGCUCUCUAGGCCUAUCUCUUUGCCACCAUUAGCUUGGAGUUGUAUUCGAGUUACCAGGGAGUAACCUCUACAAAAUGAGGGGGCUGGAUUGAGUGUGCAGGAAGGUAGGAUUUUGACCCCUACCUCUGCUCCUCCUCUCAAGAAAAGUUCAGAAAGAACAGGUUUCCCUUGAAGCACUUGCACUUGGACUGAAUUUGCUGGAGUUAAUUUGAUGGUAUCCUUUGACACACCUUAAACUCCACAGCUGAAGCAGAAGUGCUCUGGAAAGCACUCUGAACUCCUGUGCACAGCUUCCCGGACUGGCUUGCACAAUUUCCUCAAUGGCUGGGCCAAGGGUCCCAGACCUAAACAGACAAACAUGGGCAAGGGCAGAGGCAUGGAGCAAGCAUUUUCUGACCAUCGGUUACAAGGACAUCAAGUCACUGAUAUUGACAGCACUGCUAGGCCCAGAAACUCCCCUGGGCAGACAUUCUCUCUCGGGUGCAGAACUAUUAGGAUAAAUAAAUCGUAUAAGGAA